AUGGCUGCGGCGUUGAUUGUGUUGGAAAAUUUGGAAGCAAGGCGGGCUUUACGACGGCAGCGUGUGUUUAGAGAUCGUCUACAACCGCUUGACGUCUAUGAUGACGUAGAUUUGUACAGACGAUACCGGAUGACUCGGCCGGUCCUUCUCGAAGUUAUUGACCUGUUGCAGGAUGACAUUGCCCCGUAUACGCUGCGCUCGCACGCCGUUCCAGCAACUCUCCAAGUUUGCGUUGCGCUUAGAUAUUUUGCUACUGGCAGUUUGCAGUUGGACAAUGGAGACAUGUCAAAUGGCUUGAGUCAACCUACGAUAUCAAGGAUUAUUACCAGAGUUGCAACUGCUUUGCAGGGUAAAGCAAAACAUUUCAUAACAUUUCCUCGAACAGCUGCUGAGCAAGAACGUCAGAAGGAAGGAUUUUAUACAGAACGCCAUCGGAUUCCGAACGUUAUUGGUUGCGUAGAUGAUCCCUUAUUCCGAUCAAAUGUCCAUCCGUAA